AUGACGUCAAACGAUUUCCGCAUCAAAACCUGUUCCAGCACAUCGGAUUCUGGCGAUGUAUUUAAAUCAGUGGUCGGCAAAUGUUCAGCUCUGAAACUGUCCAGUGCACAGAGUAAGAAGUUUGUAUGCAGCUACUCUCCAACAAAAGCUACCCAGAUCGGUUACCAACCUGAUUACAUUCCGUUGGAGAUUUGUCCGUAUGUGAUCUUCAAAGCGUUCAGCUUCCCAACCAUCGUUGGGCGGCAGAUGCUGUUCAAUGAUAACGAUAAGAUAGCAUUUAGCAGUGUAGUUUCAAGUGUAAGAAAACGUUCCAAUACAGCUCGCGUUGUGGCAUCCAUUGAUGGAUCCGCUCGAGACUUUACCAGAGCAUCCAGCGCGACCGUACGCAGAAAAGCAUUCGCACAAGCCGCGGUGACGUUGCUGCUCGAGCUGGAUGCAGAUGGGAUUGAGCUGAACUGGAAGGAACCAGGCAGCACUCAUGCAGGACGUGGUAGUGCAAAUGAUCGCAUCACGAUGGUGCAACUACUGCAAGAUCUUCAACAGGCAGUGAAGGCAGCCAGCAAGAGCAGAAAUCGUAACCGAGAACUAUGGUUCCGAGGAUCGCUGCAUACGAACGUGAUGGAAGAAGCGUACAACAUGUUCGAUGUGUGUGAGCUGGUCGAUCAUGUCACACUGGAUCCCAGCACGACCGAUUAUUUGGAAAAUUCACACGCUCCGUUGUACGAUAGACCAAGUAUGUUAAACACAGGAAAUGGCUAUAACACAACGACACAGUACUGGAUUGACGAGGGAUGCACGGCAAAGAAGCUGCUGCUUGGAAUCGGUUUACACGGCAUCAGCAGAGUCUACUCCCCCAGUUUAAUACGGUAUGUUCGCGGCAGAAUCAAUUUAUUAGACCAUGUUGGUACCCAUCUAGAGCAACGUGAGCUCUGCAAAACGAUACGGGCAGCAGGAUGGACCUAUGGAUGGGAUGAGUAUGGUGCCAUGCCAUACGUGACCAGAGCGCUACCGGAUGAAAAAGCAGAGCGCAUCAGCUACGAAGACUUGAACUCGCUGCGACUCAAGAUGGAUAUGGUGGAGCAGAAGCGAUUCGGUGGCAUUUACAUCGAUUAUGUGCACUCGGACGACAUCUAUGGUAGUUGUGGCCAACCGUACUCCCUAACGGCGUAUCUGUCGAGUCGAAUUCGCUCCAUUCCGUCUGAAAUUGGAUUUGCCAUCGAGUGGAACUGAUAAGUACCAACUUUUUGAGUCAAACGGAAAAAUGUGAAAUGGUUGAAGACUGAAUGUGCUUUUGAACAUUAUUGUUC